AUGGCGAAGGACAAGACGAAGACGCUGGAGCGCGCAAAGAAGACGGCGGGGACGACGAAGGGGAAAAAGCUGAACCGCGGGUCGUCAUCAUGCUCGAAGCUGCCGGCAGGUUGGAUCCAAGGCGACUGGAUCCAAUCCUCGCUUCGGCGGGAUGACAUGGACGAGCUGAUGGAAUCCGGCCUGGUCGCCAAGGGCGCGGCGAGGCUGCCGGGGAGCGAGAUGGCGCCGCAGCCCCGACCUGAAGUAUCAGCUGAGACGGUGGCUAUUUGGUUGACAAGCAUUACUGGUAACAAGGACAACCCCAGAGGAGCCAGGAGAGUGGUGCCCUUCAGCGACGGCAACCUGCGUGACAAGAUUUAUACCGAGACGUACUCGAUGCCUAACGGCGAACAGGCUCCAGCGCAGGACCAAGAAGGUGAGGACAGCGCGGAGGAGAGCGCUGAAUGGGAAUCUCCAGACGACGAUGACGAUGAUGAUGAUGAGAGCGAGGAAUCAGACGAGGAGGAGGAGGUCGACUCGCCGCCCCGAACCGAACGCCGUUCCAAGCAACACCACGACCCAGCAGGCGGGCGCGGUAAGGCUGUGGCCUUGAGCACUCAAGUGCACAAGCGUGCUCGGUCUUCGACUCCGGAGCUGACGGAGAAAACCACCAAGCACCUCAAGACCAACCCCAUCAAGGCUCGGAAGACCCUGCCAAAGAUCAAGAUGGAUGUGCCCGUCGCCUCUGGCCCUGCCUCUGCUGUGACUGAUAUGGACGUCAACACCACAAGGGAUGAAGAGACCGAUGACGCGGCCUCCUCUCGAGCUGACGACCCGCCAAGUGCUGCUAGGGAGGCUCUUCGCCAAGUGACCCUUGUUAUGGAGCAGGUGAAGGUGAUACACGAGGCCAGUCAGGUGGCCUACAACGCUAGCACUGCCCUGGAGGCCAAUGUUAAGAAGUCUUGUGAUCAUGGAGCUCAGAUUUCCGUACCGAACAAGCAACAAAUCAGCCUCAAUCUUGAUCUGGAACUGGCUCAGAAAAACCUCAAGACCGCUCGUGAAGAAGUGACUGCCAUGGGAGAUGUGCGUAGUGAAAACCGUCAACUUCAAGGUCGUCUGAAGAAUGCUGUUUCUUUAGAGAAAAUGAAGCAGGCUCUGGAGCAGAAGGACCUCGAUCUUGCUGCUGCCCAGAAGGAGGUGCGAGAGAAAACGACGCUUGCUGACAAGAAGCUAGCUUCAGUCGGUAAGUUGGAAGAAGAGAAUUCAACACUCAAGACCGCCGUCUCAGACGCCAACUGGGAAAUCGAGCAAUUGAAGAAAGACAAGGAUAGGCUGACUGACGAGAUCGGAAGUCUCAAGGCUAAGAAGGGCGAGUUGGAAGCUUAUCUGGGUCAGCUUGCUGCAAAAUUGGUCUCAAAGCUUGAAGAACUUUGCCAAGACUUCGAGGAAGAAACUGGGCGGGUCGAGACUGGUCUCGAUCCCAUAAACUGUCCAGUCAGGGAUGAUGUCGCAAUGAACGUGCUGCGGAUGGAAUCUCGCGUGGAUAGCGCAAUCGCUUAUCUUGCCCGUCUGAAGGCGGCGAUGACUCGGGUUGAUGUUGAACUCUGGUCCCAGGUGGAACUGUCUCAAGACCUCGAGUCUCUGAUGGAUAUCAACGAGGACAAGCUGGCGGCGCUGAAAGUUGCCAACACCAAGAAGCUCACUUUCCAGUCCUUCAUGGAUACUUUCCUCGACGCCGCCACUCGCAUUGCAGACAAGAUAGACCUCAGCAGUUUCUGCGAUCCAGCCAGUUCUUCACCUGCCGAGUGA